GGCGGAGGUCACCAUGGCGGCGUCCCUGGCUCGGCUGGGUCUGCGGUCGGUCAAGCAAGUUCGGGUUCAGUUUUGCCCUUUCGAGAAGAACGUGGAGUCGGCGAGGACCUUCCUGCAGGCGGUGAGCAGCGAGAAGGUUCGCUCCACCAACCUCAACUGCGCCGUCAUUGCGGACGUGAGGCACGACGGCUCGGAGCCCUGCGUGGACGUGCUGUUCGGGGACGGGCACCGCCUGCUCAUGCGCAGCGCCCACCUCACCGCCCUGGAGAUGUUUGUCGCCUUCGCCUCCCACGUCCAGGCCAGAGCCGCGGCGGAGAGCGGGGAGAAGCCAGGCGCUGGCCCUGGGCGCUGACGGCGAGGAAGCAGGCGAAAAGCUGACUUUGGCCGAGGGCUGGGCCACUCCCCUGAGAAUUACUGCCUUAGGCGUUCAAGUAACCAUCGGAGGGGUCGGCCGGCCGGGGGCGCCUCAUCCCCUCUGGGCGAGACGGGGUGCGAGGGGUCUGGACGCAGGUUUCUUUCACUUGCUUACCAUCACUUCUCGCUACUUUUGAAUUUGGCUUUUAACCUUUUUUUCUUUUUUAACCGAGCUAGUGCUGUUUUUCAGUCAACCUUUUCAGUAGUUUUUCCCUCUACCCUUUGUGGAAGCUCUACGCGUUCGAUCAUUUUUCCCCAAACUACAAAGGCGUUUUUCUUCUCUUUAUUCCUGGGACAUCCUGUCAUCUGUGUCAUAAACCUUGCAUUUCUGUUUGGUUUUUCUCAACUUGUGUGCUCUUGUAAGUUUACCUACUACCAACUUCCUCCACAUGCCACCAGCAUGCUUUGUGUAAAAUAAAAUUGAUAAGAUAUUUAUGUAUGCUUGCCUCUUCCACCUGCCUUCCCCAUACUUUUUAAAAGGUUGUUCUGGCCUUUUUCCUUGCAUAUUUUAUCUGAGUUCAAAAAUAUUCUGAACUUUUAAAAUCUCUUCAAAACAAUCUCCUCAUUCCCAUUCAUUCUCUUUUAUCCUCAUUCUUCCGUCAUUUUUGCUGUUUAUCUUUCCAAAGCACAUGACCUUAGUUAUCUUAAACCAAUACCUGUUUGACAAAACAGUAUCUGAAGUAGGUUGUUUGUGGGUGUGGGGGAUGUAGGUGUGUUUGAGACAGUUUUGCAGUGCAGUUCAGGCUACCGUGAACUCACUUUGUAACCCAGACUGGCCUCAGACUCGCAGCAAUUCUCCUACCUCAGU